UUGUGGGUUUAUGUCUUCUUUAUUGUCAUUGCUGCCAUUUUUUCGUGCAGCGCAGACAAAAAUCGAGAGAAAGUUCAUGUGGCGAAGCGACAGGAGCUCAAAAAUCGUCAACGUGACGCAAUGCUCGCCGGUAAACCUGUACAGACGGUAAUCGAAGAAGUGGAGCCACUUAUGCAACGAUCAACAUCAAGGAUAUCCUGUGUCCGAGACAUGCCUGAUUUGAAAUCGCUGGACAAACUCCGACCAAAACCAACUGAAUCUUCAGAGAAAAUCGAGCCACCAAACUUCAACACAAUGCAAAUGGAAACCAAUCAGAGCAUCUAUGCAGCCUUGACCAGUUUCUUUCCGAACGAUAAUGUUGCUCAAAUUCCUGGCAUGGAUAUAAACACAGAGACGAGUGAAACGCUCUUCAUCCACAGCGAACAAGACUGCAGUAUCUGA